CAGUGAGCAUGCUCUCUCGGAGUCCGUGGCUGUUUCGGGCAAUGCACCCGUAUUCGUCACACUCGAUGUGUCCACCAUAGCCGAUCGUUGUUGAAGGUCGCGCCUACGGAUCGGGGUAUCACCGCGGUUGCAUGUCUCUGUCGUCUGCGACAUAUCCCUGUGUUGUGGAGGGGGAGAGGUUGUGCGCCAUUGUGAAGCCCAUGGACAGCGGUGUAGAAGACGUUGGGGACUGGGCAGCGCGAGGCGUGGUAGGCGACAAUGAGGUUGACAAUAACGACAAUUUGUUCAUGGUUGUUUUUAUUGUUAUACAGUUGGUGAUGCAGCGGAACAGGGCGACUCUUGCUGUUCUCAAUGCAGCGGCUUCAUCCUGUUCAGCUGCACACCCUGAAAUGGGAGAGGUUCUUCUGCUUCUCGCUAGGGGCUUCCUGCACAGCGUUUCCCUUGUGUCCGCCGCCAUGGACAGCGUGAACAAGCGAUGGAGGAGACGAUCCAGGAGUAUGUGGGUUCUGGACCGCCAUGGUGGGACGUGGAAAGAUCUCCAGAAGGUCGGUGAGGCUCAUGACAAGGUCUUCGUCCGGUUCUGCAGACUCCCUCAACCACUUUUCUAUGAAGUUGCACAGCGAAUAGCGCCACACAUUCAGAGAAAGUUGACGAACUGGAGGCAGCUAAUUCCAGUUGCACAGAAGUUCGCGUGCGCGUUGAUCAGAUGGGCCACAGGAGGCUAUUACCGGCAGACGAGCCACGAGAUGGGGAUGGGGCUGGCGAGUGAGUUAAGGAGUAACGAGGACGUUGCGGACGCCCUCAUCAAGGAGUAUGGCCACCUCAUAAGGUUCCCAGAAGGUCGCCGUCUACAGGAGGUGAUGGAUGCGUUUGACAAGAAAGGUUUCCCAGGGUGCGUGAGUGCGAUUGAUGGCACGCAUUUAUACAUCGAAAAGCCAAAGAACGAGCGGGCGGAAUGCUACUACGACCGCACGAGGCAGUUCUCGCUUAUGGCGCAAGUGGUGUGCGAUCAUGAGUGUCAGAUCCAGGAUGUUUUCGCGGGGUGCCCUGGAUCGGUGCAUGACUCACGUGUCGUUCGCAUAUCACACAUGUACAAGGAUGCGCAGGACGGGCGUGGGAUAUUCCAUGGUGGCACAUCCUUUCUUCAUGACGGCACACCUGUCCGCGGCUACGUUAUCGGGUACGCAGGGUACCCAUUGCUGCCUUGGCUGAUGACACCGGUUGGAGGAGACGAGCGCACGCCCCAAGAGGUGAAUUUCGAUGAUUGCCACACAUUGGCGAGGAGUUGCAAUGAACGCACGUUCGCACUUCUGAAGGGUGUGUGGCGAAAUUUCUUGAGGCGGCAAAUCGACAACAUGAAGACGAUCAUGAAGGAGUUCAUGGUCGUCUGCAUUUUGCACAAUAUGAUGGUCGACAUGCGAAUCGACGUCGACUUGGAUGACCUUGACUCGGACGACGACGACGAUCAAGCAAACAGUGGAAACUUUCGUUGUCGACGACGUCCGCGUGUCCAUCAGGCUGUUCAGCAGCCCCGGAAGAACCGUCGGGACGACACGUAUGGUAGCGCAGAGGGUAGGGCGGCGAAGGCGAGGCUCAUCUCGCACGACAAUCACCAUGUGCGGGUGUAUGGCCGACCACCUGCCAACCCCUGGAGACAAGCGCGAGCUGCACCGUAGACACAAACAGGAAAGGACGGCGGAAUGUUCUCCCUCUCUCUCUCUCUCUCUCCCUCUCGCCGUAGAUAGAUAG